CUUAAGUGCAAGGUACUCAGCUCUGUGUUGAAGACUCUGGAAUGUAAAGGGGAAGCAGGUUUUACUUUUAUGACUGCAACACUAUUUAUAUUUUUUAAAUUUUACUCUUGUUAAUAUUUGUUAGUCUAUUUUUAGUCUAUUUUUUAAGACAAGCGUCUGCCUACCAUGGAAGCUUUAAAUGGAACCAUUGAUCCAGCUUGUCUGAAGGGUCGUCCGCUGGCUAUUGACAUGCUCAACCAGCUAGAUACAUUUGGCUAUUGCCUGUACUUCAUGCUCACCUUGAUGUCCUGUGUCUCCCUGCUUGUGUACCUGGAACAGUGUGCCUAUAUUUACAAAAAACUACCCUACCCCAAGAAGACCUUGGUCAUUUGGGUAAACGGUGCAGCACCAGUCAUUUCCACCAUGUCAUGCUUAGCUAUGUGGAUCCCGAAGGCAUUUAUGAUUACAGACAUGACAUCUAACAGUUAUUUUGCAGUUGUGAUUUACAAGAUCUUGCUUCUGUUGAUUGAGGAGUUGGGGGGCAGCAAUGCCUUUUUGGAGAAGUUCUCUGGUAAACCCUUUAGGAUCAGCACAGGACCCUGCUGCUGCUGUUGUCCAUGUUUACCCGACGUCCCCAUGUCAAGGCGAAUGUUAUUCCUGCUGAAGUUAGGCUCUCUUCAGUGUGCAAUCCUGAAAACGGUGUUCACUGUCCUGUCUAUAGUACUGUGGACCAAUGGCAACUAUGAUCCUACUAAUAUAGGAAUCUAUGGUAUAACCCUUUGGAUUAGCCUAUUUGUUGGUGUUCUAACCAUCAUCUCCCUUUGGCCUGUUGCCAUUGUCUUCAUGAACAUGAACCGCUAUCUACGCCCACUCAAGAUUAUACCAAAGUAUGCAAUGUACCAAUUAACACUUGUAUUGAGCCAGCUGCAGACAUCGAUCGUUAACAUCGUGGCCUUGUACGGAGACAUCGCCUGUGCUCCUCCAUUAAGCUCUCAAGCCCGUGGAACCAUGCUUAAUCAGCAGAUACUGAUCAUGGAGAUGUUCAUCAUCACCCUGGUCAAUCGGUUUUUGUACCGCCGCACAUAUGAGGCAGUUGAGACACAUGACAGUGAAGAGAACACCACAGCGCUGCCAAAGGCUACUCUCAUGGAGCAUGAUGUCUAAAAAAGGACAGUGAAUCACUGUGUAUCACUGCUUUUUAACUAUGUAAAUGAUUAUGUAAGUUAAGAGAUCAUAAAGUAGUCUAACAUUUUACCUCAUUUAAGGAAAGGAGAGAGAAAUGCCUUUGUUUUACUGGAUUCAUAAGCACUCUUUGCAUUGCUUUUAGCCCUGUGUCUUUGUACUUUUUCCACGGAUAUAUGUCAAUCUCUUCUGUUCUGAUGUUUAUGCAUGAUAAUAGAUAGAUAUAUUCUGGGUACUGAAAGUUUUAAGUUAUGCCGACAGAAAUACCAACAAGGAAAAUCUCUUAAUUUGACUGACUUACAUUAGUUAUAGUAGAAUUGUUGUUUCUUGCAGAUGAUUAGAUGUAAACGGUGCUGUGCAGGACAUUUUCUUGGCCAUUAGAUGUGCCUCAUAUCACAUUUAUGAUAAAGAAAUGCCAGUAGUAUCAAUCUUCUCUUGUCAUCAGUCUCUGCAAACAUGUAUGCAGUGUAUCUUUGUAUGCAGUUUCUUUUUUAAAGAAGUUUUACCAUUUUUUUAGACAAUACUGGAGCUUUUUGUCACACUGAGGCUAAUGCACAGGGUGAGAGUUUUACGUUGGCCUCAA